AUGGCUCGAUUUUCCCAGUAUGCCGUGGCUGCUACCGAGGAAGCUCUGGAAGAUGCCGGCUGGAAGCCCACCUCUUAUGAGCAACGGCAAGCCACAGGUGUAUGUCUGGGCUCGGGGAUUGGCAACUUUGACGAGAUUUAUGAUACAGCGGUGGCAUACGACCAAAGUGGCUACAAGAAAGUCUCCCCGCUCUUCGUUCCAAAGCUGCUGAUCAACCUUGGUGCGGGUCACAUCUCCAUGAGAUAUGGUUUCAUGGGCCCCAACCAUGCCGCCACCACGGCAUGCACAACAGGGGCGCAUUCCAUCGGAGAUGCGGCUCGUUUCAUUGCGUUUGGUGAUGCAGACGUGAUGGUUGCUGGGGGUGCCGAGUCGUGCAUCCACCCGUUGGCCGUUGGAGGCUUUGCCCGAUCGAGGAGCCUUUCUACAGGAUUCAACGAUUCUCCUGCCAAAGCCUCCAGACCUUUUGACGCCGAUCGUCAAGGGUUUGUUGUCGGGGAGGGAGCAGCCGUUAUGAUCUUGGAAGAGUUGGAGCAUGCAAAAGCGAGAGGCGCUCGUAUCUACGCCGAAUUCAAAGGCUAUGGCACCUCUGGGGAUGCACAUCACCUGACAGCCCCGAAGGAGAAUGGAGAAGGCGCAUUGGCGGCGAUGAAAAAAGCUCUAAAGAACGCUCGCCUGUCGCCCUCCGUUGUGGAUUAUGUUAACGCGCAUGCCACCUCUACGGUCAUCGGAGAUGCAGCCGAAAACGCGGCCAUUAAAGCCCUGCUUCUUGGUCCUGGAGGAAAGCAAAAGGCUGCAGAGAUCAAUGUCAGUAGUACCAAGGGUGCCAUCGGCCAUCUUCUAGGCGGCGCGGGGGCCAUCGAGGCGGUCUUUUCCGUUCUGGCCAUUCACGAGAAUGUGAUGCCGCCCACCAUCAAUCUCGAGAACAGGACGGCCGAGUUUGACUGCAACUACGCGCCCAAAGCUGCCCAGGAGCGGACGAUUGAUGUUGCGUUGUCGAACAGUUUUGGAUUUGGGGGAACGAACAGCAGUCUUUGCUUUGCUAGGUAUAAAUAA